GUCGUAAUUGGAUGGGGCAACCCAAACGCAGAGGUCGUUUGCUAGAAAAUGCAAAAAGUUGGUUGUAGCUGCAAAUUAUAAAAAUAUAUAAAGUCCCUUUUUUGUUAAAAAGUGGAGCUCUAUUUAAUUUAACCAGAAUAAUAAUAAAAGCCAAAACCCCUCUCUUGUGUCUUCUUAGUCUGAACUCUCACCAUUUUCAACUGAUGAGUGAUGACCGAGUAGAAAAUAAGCAGAGAAGAAACCAACAAACACAAAAACAUUUAAUUAACCAUUAACCAAACAAACCCUUAACUCACAAAACUAAAAAUCUCUCUUCUCUGCUUCUUCAUGUAGUAGUAGUAGUAGAAUUUCAUAAUUCUAUUUUCUCCACAACUCGUUGAUCAAACUCAGCCGAGUCCAAACCGAGUCAUGUCGAAUCACCCUUCCGAUACUCCCGCCGACGAUUUCCUCGAACAAAUUCUCGGCCUCCCGAAUUUCACCUCCGCUGAUGGUACUGACACUUCUUCCUUAGCUGCUCCGAUGAUGCUGCAGCUCAACUCCGGCGAAGCAGCCACUCAUCUUGGCGCCGGAGGUGGAUUUCAUGCGCCGGUUUACCAUUUGGGCCUGAGUUUGGACCAAGGCAAAGGAGGAGGGUUCUUGAAGCCCGAUGAUGCUUCCGGGAGUGGGAAGCGUUUCCGGGAGGAUGUUGUUGAUACCAGACCUAAGAAUACUUUUCAUGGGCAACCCAUGCCUACUACAGUUCCUACUGCUCCACAUCCACCAGCAAUGCGUCCUAGAGUGCGGGCAAGAAGAGGACAGGCUACAGAUCCACACAGCAUAGCUGAAAGGUUGCGCAGAGAGAGAAUAGCCGAAAGAAUCAGGGCUUUGCAAGAACUUGUUCCCAGUGUCAACAAGACAGAUCGAGCUGCGAUGCUGGAUGAAAUUGUGGAUUAUGUCAAAUUCUUAAGGCUUCAAGUGAAGGUUUUGAGCAUGAGUAGAUUGGGUGGAGCCGGUGCAGUGGCGCCACUGGUCACUGACAUCCCAUUAUCGUCAGUCGAGGAAGAAGGAAGUGAGAGUGGGAGAAACCAACCAGCUUGGGAAAAGUGGUCUAAUGAUGGCACAGAAAAGCAAGUAGCUAAGCUCAUGGAAGAAAAUGUAGGGGCUGCGAUGCAGUUUCUUCAAUCAAAGGCACUCUGCAUCAUGCCUAUCUCACUGGCAUCAGCAAUAUACCAAUCACAACCGUCAGACAACUCCAGUAUAGUUAAGCCUGAAACUACUCCUCCUCCAUAGACAUAGCUCCGGUGAUGCAUGGCGCACCAUAGUGGUCCCUAACCUCCUUAAUUUUAGUCAUUGAUUUGCAUCAAGUUUCAUUCAAAGUAGGAUGCCAUAGUCUUUUCUUUUUCGCAGUUGUUUCAGCUUUUGUCAAUACAAGGUUGAUUGUCAAUACCUAAAAAAUGCAAGCAGACCCUAUCUAGUCUAUGAAAAUUUUCUUGUAAAGGGAAAAAGCAUGUCAAAAUUCAUUUGAUAUGCUUUUCCUUUUUGUAUAAAAAAUGAUGGAGGUUAGUGGAAGGUGAUGUAAGUGCUUUGAUCGUGGGGUUUUUAGUUUUUUGUAGUGGGAUGUGGGACCUUGUAAAAGGUUAGGGUGGUGUCCAUAUUUUCAAUAGUGAUGUAACUCUAGAGGUUAAGUGCAAUGGAUAAUGGUUGCUUUAAGAA